UCAUUUUUUUAAUUUUAAAUAAAUCUAUUUAUUGAAAAAGAAAAUUUCAUUUAGAUAUCCUUUUUUAGCAUAUUAAGUACUUAAGACAAAGAUGGCUACUGAAUUAACCGUUCAAUCUGAAAGAGCUUUCCAAAAGCAACCACAUAUCUUUACCAACCCAAAGGCUAAAGCUAACAGAAAAACCAAGAGAUGGUUUAAAGAAGUUGGUUUAGGUUUCAAAACCCCAAAGGCUGCUAUUGAAGGUACUUAUAUCGAUAAGAAAUGUCCAUUUGUUGGAACUGUUUCUAUCAGAGGUAAGAUUUUAACUGGUACUGUUGUUUCAACUAAAAUGCAUAGAACUAUUAUCAUUAGAAGAGAUUACUUACAUUAUGUUCCAAAAUAUAAUAGAUACGAAAAGAGACAUAAGAAUGUUGCUGCUCAUCUUUCUCCAGCUUUCAGAGUUCAAGAAGGUGAUGUUGUUACCGUUGGUCAAUGUAGACCAAUUUCUAAGACUGUUAGAUUUAACGUUCUUAAAGUUGCUGCUGCUGCUUCAAAAGCUAAACAAUUCUCUAAAUUUUAAAUAAAAUAAAGUUUAGUAAGUCUUUAAUAUAGCAAAUAAUAAAUCUCCAAAAAAAAAUAUUUAAUUUUACAUAUUUUACUCUUUCUUUAAUGUUACAUUAGUUAAAUAUAAAAAUAAACUUAUAUAUACUUAUAAUAUC